AUGUCAAACACAACCCCCACCGCAGAUGCCUCAGGCGGACAGCUGAUCUGUCCCCUGCUUCAGAUGAUGAAGGAGCACAGACUCAACAACAACACACAGGCCAACUUAGUGGUGGUUUGCAUCCACGGUCUGGUCUCCUGUCUGGGAAUUUUGGAGAAUGCCCUCAUCCUCUGGGUGGUGGGCUUCCGCCUGCGGUGCCGCACAGUGGCCUCUGUCUGGGUGCUCAACUUGGCCAUGUCUGACUUCCUGGCCACUCUGACCCUGCCCCUCUUCACCUUCUACCUUUCGUCCUCGCAUAGCUGGGAGCUCGGCAGCCUACUUUGCAAAAUACAGGCUUCCAUUUUCUAUUUGAACAUGUUUGUGUCAGCUUUCCUGCUGGCAACCAUAUCAGUGGACCGCUGCCUUCUGGCAGCCAAGCCAGUGUGGAGCCAGAAUCAUCGCUCAGUGGCUGGAGCAUGGAAGGUGUGUGUGCUGGGAUGGCUGUGGGCAGCCAUUAAUACAUUACCUUACUUGCUUUUCCGCUCAGUGACUGAGAAACAAGAUGGGAGGAAACUGUGCUACCAUAAUUUUGCUUUGUAUACAUCGUCUCUGGAGAGAGAUUGCAAAGUGAGGCAGGCAGCAACAGCCAUCUCCAAGUUGCUGCUGGCAUUCCUGUUUCCUCUGCUGGUGAUUGCAGGGAGCUACAUCCAAAUUGUUCUCAGCCUGAGGAACAGGAGCAGAAGGAGGAAGCAGAGUGCCAGCAGGCUUACUGAUGCACUGAUUGCAUCCAACAAAGAUGGGACAUCAGGAGCUACAAAUACCCCUACAACACUGAAAAACACUAACAUCUUUCUCAAGCCUCGGGCAUCCGAUCCAUGUUUAUCCCUGACACCUAUUACCUUGACCCCCACUACCUCCAAACAGACCAAUCACAGUCAGCUGUCCCAGAGCUUCAUCAAGAUGGUGACAUUUGUGAUUGCAGCAUUUGUUCUGUGCUGGGCCCCCUAUCACAUCUUCUGUGUGAUUGAAGUUACAGCCCAGUAUUGGCUCAAAACUCUCGACCUGGUGGAGGUGGGGCUGCCCUAUGCCACUACCUUUUCAUUCUUGAACCCCGUGUUGAACCCCAUUCUGUACGCCUUUAGCUGUCCCAAUUUCUGUGUGAAAAUACGACAGAGUAUUGUAGCAGUGUUUGACGGUCUGGUAGAGGAGGGAGGGGGGUUACCGAUCGUGCCAGGGAAAAGUUUAAGAGUUCAUAUUAGAAGGAAUAUCAGUCGAGAUGUGAGCCUUGCAACGCUAGGGUCACCAAAGGGUUCACAAUCACCCCGUCAAUAA